AACCUGUCUGUAAUGAUUGGUCAGAAGAACUUGGGCGUCACAUUCUGAUUUGUCGAUCCAUAGUGCCCGGUGUCCGGGCAAGAUGGCGUCUGAAGAGCAGUGCUCGGUACCACCUCGAUGGCGGUCGAUAUCUCUAACCCAUGUAGAGUAUCCAGCUGGUGACCUGACAGGAAAAGUGCUGGCCUACACUAGCCUCAUCCCCAUUGCUAUUCUGGUGGGCUUUGUCACACUCAUUGUAUUCAAGCGUGAGUUGCACACAAUUUCCUUUUUUGGGGGACUCAUACUGAAUGAGGGACUCAACUGGCUGCUGAAGCAUAUCCUGAGGGAACCACGACCCUGUGAAGGAGCUCAUACCACCAUGACCACAGAGUAUGGGAUGCCUUCAAGCCACUCACAGUUCAUCUGGUUUUUUGUUGUAUACUUUUUUCUUUUCCUUUAUUUGAGAAUGCAUCAAACAAACAAUGCCAGGUGUGUGGAGCUACUGUGGAGACAUGUACUCUCCAUCAUUUUGCUAGGAGUGGCCUUGUCUGUGUCCUAUAGCAGGGUGUACUUAAUGUAUCAUUCCUGGAGUCAGGUGAUCUAUGGAGGUGUGGCUGGCAGCAUCAUUGGGGUGAUCUGGUUUUUUAUCACACAAGAGGUGCUGACGCCGCUUUUUCCGAAGAUAGCAGCAUGGCCAAUUGCAGAGUUCUUUUUGGUGCGUGACACAAGCCUGAUCCCAAACAUCUUGUGGUUUGAGUAUACCGUGACACGAUCAGAAGCAAGAAACAGACAACGAAAGCUUGGAACAAAACUUCAGUGAUUUUUUUUUUUUUUUUUUGGUUUUGUUUUUGGUUGCUUGUUUCCUCGUUUAAACUGGGAAAGGACCACACACUGGAGAAUCAAUUCUGGACUGAUCUUGUUACAAAAAAGGGGAACCAUUUAAAGGACGGACCAAAAGAAAUGCUGGGACUGACCUACAACCUGAACAAGUCAUUUGGCUUGAUUCUGGUGCUCGUUACAGCUUGCUAAAUGCUCCCUGAUGCAUGCACGACUGUGCAGGAGGCAGACUAUUUAAUGAAAAAAAUUAAUAUAUUUUAACCUUAAACGCACGCAAGCAGUAAUAAAGUACUGUAUGUAACUGAAUUUGGGAGCCAAGAAAAAGGAUUCUGUAAAGUGGGGAAAAACAGCGUGAUUCGCUGGUAUUGCAGCAUGAAAUUACUUUUUUAAAUUGAGUUAUAGGUAGCUUUCUGGGUUAUAUAGGGAGGGGGAUCAAGAGGGGUGGGUGGAAAAUAUUCUUGUGUUUUCUUUCAUGCAUUUCAAUAAAACAAAACACACCUUUCAAAUAAGGUGGUUGAAAAUGUAAUAUAAGCCCCUUUUCCACUGUAGGGCCAAACGGUUCUGAGCAUGGAGAGGAACGGUUCCAAUGGUGUUUCCACCUGGAAACGGUUUGGCGCGGAACGCUUACAAACUGUGCCCAGCACGAUAUUCUGAGCACGGUUAGACAACCGUGCUCAGUGCAGCAGAACCAUUCGGGUGGGCGGGCUUAAUUACGUAGGUAUUCAUUGAUUGGUUUCACAUUACGUCAGUUUUGUGACUCCACAUCCGGUCUUUUCACAUUCUCUCCGUAAGCUAGGUCGGUAGAGAAGCUAAUAUGAAUACAAAUGCCACUCAAAAAUUGUAUUCAGUCUUGGCAACAAGAUAAACCCAACAAUAGCCCUAAGAUAUGCCAAUACAGCAGUGAAAACACUGCUCACUGAAUAACGAAAUGAGACAGUUUUAAAAAAUGAUACCAUGUCAUUCUACAUAUCUGGGACUAAAUAUUGAAUAAAUACAUAACCUUACCAUCGUUUUUACGCAUAGAGAUGUCCUUGAGUGGUCAUAUAGUGUCUUGGACAAUCCGUUUGUGAAAUAUACGCGCAUUUGUGAUGUCUGGGUACCUUCCAAAAUAGCUGUGCGUAAUACCACACACGUCGUUUACGGCGUUGUCACCCUUUUUAGUACAGUCUGGCUUGAUUGACAAUUAAUUUAUUCAGUAGGUGAGAGUACAAGCUUUCUAACCAUGUAUAACAUGUCUAAUUUUGCUUUUGGAAUAGCGUUUUAAAGGUCAGCAUAACCAAAAGUUUUCUUAUUGCAUUCACUUAUGCAUUCACUCUGUGGUAGCAGUAAAAGACGCUGCACCUAACGAAACGUUAACGAUUUUUCGUAAUUUCUUGGAAAAUACUAUUAUUAUUGAGGACUUCUGGGCAUAGCUAAACCAUAUGUUUGCGGAUAGACCUAUCUGACAUUGUUUUCUGGAGCAAAACAGAAGCGCAUUGAAUUGUAUCGUUGAUUUACUGUCUUUGUCUCCAUCUACUGAACACAGAUACAAUUUCAUCAUUGCUAUGUAAGUAUUACUGCUCAAAAUCUUUUGGUUAUACACGUUAUUUUUGAGUGUCUUUAAAUGGGUUAGUGGUAUUAUAUAAUGUGGAUAUUUCACACUGUAAUGUAAGCAUUAGUUAGUGGAAUAGUUUUUGUGAUGCAUGCAACAGUGAUGGUCGGUGAAGGAUACGCUAAAAAGAAAAUUCAAAAACAGACCAAAAUGCACAGAAUCCUCGUCCAUAUCGUCAGCCAACGAAAUAUAACACAACAUAAAAACAAAACAGAAUGGGGAGCGACCGGGAGUGACGACAACUGGCGCAUAUUUAUUACAUACACAACGGGAUAUUUAUUACGGGACAACGGGACACACCGUGUCACUUGCUGUCGUCACUAGUUUUUCUUAGUUACUUCCUAGUCCUGGUUUUAGCAGCCCGACAGAUGGAAACAGAAACGUAACCGUUCCCAAGAGUCCUGAGCAAUGCAGAACAGCACGGAGUGCCCCUGGUAACCAUUCGGCCCUACUGUGGAAAAGCGCCAAUAGACUAAAUUUGCACUUUGUGAAGAUUUAAAAGAAAAAACUUAACACUAGUGACAUGUGAAAGCAAAAUGGAAUUUCCCCCUGGUACUUACCUUGUGUCUGUGAUUGUCAGCCUUUUUAAAUCAAUACAGGUAUUUAAUUAUGUGUGUAUACAGUGCUCCCUAGUUAGAACUGGGUGGGAUCCAUAAUGGGGAGAGUAGGGUAUAGCUUCUGAGGAAGGAAACCAGAGGGCCACAAGCUUACUGUGUUAUAGAAGUACUGAAUUUAAAGUGGGUUUAUAAUGAGGGGAGCACUGUAUGAAUAUCUGCUCGUACAUAUGUCCUGCCCAUACAUGGCUCUCAGUCAGAUGUAAACAAAUUUUGAGGAAGCUGACUGUUCUGCAGCCUCUGUAAUCUCAAAAACUUGUAGUGGAGUAAAUGAAACGAUGUCUGUCUUUCCUAACAUCUCUCUUACCCUGUCUUUCCUGUUGAUAACAUUUUACCUUACCAGGUUUAAUCUAAUAAAAUGAGGAAAAGGAAAAGGAAAAAAAACCUGCACCACAUUAGCAUGUGACCAUGCCUUGUUAUCUCAGAGCUAUUCCUUGGUGGCUAAGGGCUGAUGUUGGUGUUGGAAGGUCAGGUGACUUGACAGCUGUGACAAGAGCCCCAUAAAAGGAAAGGAAAUCUAGAAUAGCUGUGUAGACAUUUUUUUUUUGUAUAAUAGUCCUACACGUGUAAGUCAUUUCAGGCCCAAUAAAAAGAAAUAUGGUGUU